UCUCUGGGUGGGAUGUCGAUGAGGAAGCAUGUUACCAUGUCUGCAACGUUGGUAGCAGUGCUCCUCUUUUUUUUUACGUGAAGUGAUGUGAUUGACACCGAACAAUCCACUGAUUGCGAAUCGAGUUUGAUCAGUUAUUGCAAUAUAUCGAGGAUGUUGUUUUGGAGUUCCCUCUCGCACACAUCUAUUUAUAACAUCUGCACUACUUGUUAAUACUUGGCAUCGCAUUUGAACAUCUCUCAGUUUUGUUUGAGGGGGGAAAUUGCACACUCACUGGGGGUCAGCACUGUGCCUCAUUGAUACAGACAAGAAAGAGAGUGCUCAGUCGCAUCACAACCUCUUGCAGAGAAAGGAAGUGCACACGAUAAAUCAAAAAAGACUUGAUCAUAACUGAGGCAACACAAAUCAGCAGCAAUUUACCGCAAAAUUUACACACUACUUGCAGAGUGUUGCUGGAGCAGCGGCGCAAUGCAUAACCUAAACUCCGAGGGUCAGUAUAACAUGAGCACGGCCAACGGGUCGGCGGUGAACACCGAGAGGGUGGCCAUCCUCGAUGCCGGCGCGCAGUACGGAAAGGUCAUCGACAGGAAGGUGCGAGAGCUGUGCGUGGAAUCGGAGCUCCUCCCUUUGGAUACGCCCGCCUUCAACAUUCGGGAGGCAGGAUACAAGGCGGUCAUCAUCUCCGGCGGUCCGUCCUCGGUAUACUCAGAAGACGCCCCUCGCUACGAUGCGGACAUCUUCAGGAUAGGUCUGCCCGUUCUUGGCAUCUGCUACGGCAUGCAGAUGAUGAACAAAGAGUUCGGCGGCACCGUGCUCAGGAAAGAGAGCAGAGAGGACGGUCAAUUUAACAUAGAAGUUAAUCCCAAAUGUUUAUUAUUCAAAGGUUUAGACAAGAUGCAGCAAGUUCUCUUGACUCACGGCGAUUCGAUAGAUAAAGUAGCGGAUGGUUUCAAGCCGAUCGCUCAGAGCUCCUCCUUCUGCGCCGGCAUCCAUAACGAGAAGCUGCGACUGUACGGUGUCCAAUUCCAUCCAGAGGUGGAUCUCACGUCGAACGGCAAGGCGAUGCUGCGCAAUUUCCUGUUCGACGUCGUCGGUUUGACCGGAAACUUCACGAUCCAAGGACGCGAAUCCGAGUGCAUCAAGUAUAUCAAGGAUUCGGUGGGAUCCAGUAAGGUGCUGGUGCUCGUGUCCGGUGGCGUGGACAGUGCCGUGUGCGCCGCCCUUCUGCACAAAGCUCUCAAACCGGAGCAGAUCAUCGCCGUGCACAUAGACAACGGUUUCAUGAGGAAGAACGAGAGCGCCCGCGUAGCCCAAUCGCUGCAGAAACUUGGUCUGAAUAUACGCGUGAUCAACGCGCAGUGCGCGUUCAGCGGCGGCACCACCGUCGUGCCCAUCGACAGGAACGAGCCGAACUCCAGGACCCGGGUGACGAAGAUGCUUUCGCAAACUGCUGAUCCGGAGGAGAAACGCAAGAUUAUCGGAGAUGUCUUCGUGAAGAUCUCGGAUGAUUUCCUCGCCGAGAUGAACCUGAAGCCGGAGGAGGUGCUCCUUGCACAGGGCACUCUCCGUCCGGAUCUCAUCGAGUCCGCGUCGACGCUGGCCUCCAGCAAAGCGGAUGUAAUCAAAACGCAUCACAACGAUUCCGAACUCAUCAGGAAGCUCAGGAGCGAGGGUCGCGUCGUCGAGCCGCUGAAGGACUUCCACAAGGAUGAAGUGAGGGCUCUCGGUAGGGAUUUAGGAUUGCCCAGGGAUCUGGUCAUGAGGCAUCCGUUCCCCGGUCCGGGUCUGGCGAUCCGCGUCCUCUGCGCCGAAGAACCUUACAUCGAGCGCGACUUCUCAGAAACUCAGGUCCUCGUCAAGAUCAUUGUCGAAUUCGAUCAGAUGCUCCAGAAGAAACACGCAUUACUCAACCGCGUGGAAGGCGUCACAACAGACGAAGAAAGGGAGGUUUUGCGUAGGAUUUCCAGUAAGCAAAAGCUGUCUGCGACCUUGCUACCAAUCCGCAGCGUCGGCGUGCAGGGCGAUUGUCGUUCGUACAGCUAUGUGGCGGGCAUCUCCAGCGAACAGGACCCAAAUUGGGACGACAUGAUGUUCCUGGCCGUUCUCAUCCCGAGGAUCUGCCGCAACAUCAACAGGGUGUGCUACAUCUUCGGCGGUCUCGUCAAAGAGAUAGUUCCAGAUCUGACACCUACUUACCUCACCAACAAUGUGAUCAGCACCAUCAGGCAUGCCGACGACGUAGCAACAACCGCGUUACAAAAUGCGGGUUUGAUGGAUUCGGUGAGCCAAAUGCCCGUCGUACUACUGCCUUUACACUUCGACAGAGACCAAGCCCUCAGAAUACCUUCGUGUCAGAGGUCCGUCGUGUUCAGGCCGUUCGUCACCCAGGACUUUAUGACCGGAGUACCUGCCGUUCCCGGCAAACAUAUACCAGUCGAGGUUGUACAUAAAAUGAUGGCGGAGGUGCUCCAAGUGCCCGGAAUUUCGCGGGUACUCUACGACCUGACUUCCAAGCCGCCAGGAACCACGGAAUGGGAAUGAUCCAAUCUAACCCGGAAGCGGGUGUCGGCGGAUUGGAGCGAUUUUAAAAAGUUUUUUUUUUAUAUUGUUAUCGAUAUUAUUGAAUUUUCAAGGCAUCGUUUAUUUACUAUUAUG